CAUCAUCUCGCGGGGGGUUCAUCAUCUCGCGGGGGGUUCAUCGUCUCGCGGGUUUCAUCUCGCUGGACACUUUAUAGCAGCAGCAGGAGGAGGAGAAGGAUCCGCAGGCGAUUCGCAGAAGGCGCCCGGUCACGAACUCGCGAUGGGCCGAGGCUCUGGCCGGGGCUCGGGGCCCCGACGCCGCGCCGGCCCGCGGCUGCAGGAGGCGGCGCGCGCCGUGCUGGACAGCCCGCGCCACGCCAACCGCCUGCUGGAGCUCCUCGAGUCGCUGGAGUCAGAGGUGGAGGAGGAGGUGGUGGCUGGCAUCGCGGCCUGCAGCGGCCUCUUCUCGAGCCUCGUGCGGCGUGGGGCGAUCCACGGCGGGGCCCUGCCAGCCGAGGAGGAGGAGGAUGCGGUGGCCGGAGCAGAGUGUUCCGCGGAGGAGAAGUACGAGCAGUGGCUGAGACAUCGCUACAACGACUGCACAACGCAGCUGCUGCAGCUGCUGUCGCACGACUCCUCGGACGUCCGGGAGCUGGCACUGUGUGCCCUCAUGAAGUUGGUACAGACUGAAGGCCAUCACCCGCUGGGCAAUCAGAAGACCUCGUCCGCCGGAAACUUCCCGUACCCGCUGUUCAAGGCCGUGCUCGAUCGCCUGCUGGAGGAGGAGACGCCAUCUCAGCUGCUCGGGCGAUUCCAGGAGUUCCUGCAACACCACGACACGGGGCUCCACACGCUCACCGCGCUGCGCUCACGUCUGCGCACGGUCGCCGCCACCACCGCUCAGGGCCCAGGGCCCGGGCUCCAGGAGAAGGCGUUCCUGCUCCUCACCGCCGUUCAGAUGCCAUUGGAAAAGACGGAGCUCAGCCUGCUGGUGAAGGGUGACGAUAAGACGGAAACCAAGGUGACAGACAUCAAGGAGCAUCGCAAGGUGUUUGAGAAUACGUGGCUGGAGCUGCUGAAGCACAAGCUGCCCCAGGGGCUGUACAAGCGCGUUCUCGUGAUCCUGCACGAUCGCGUCAUGCCGCACAUGCGCAAGCCUCCGCUGCUCAUGGACUUCCUUAAGGCCUCCUACGACAUCGGUGGCGCGGUCUCCCUGCUGGCUCUCAACGGGCUCUUCGUCCUCAUCCACCAGUACAACCUGGAGUACCCCGACUUUUACAAGAAGCUCUACAGCCUGCUCGAGCCGUCCAUUUUCCACGUCAAGUACCGAGCGCGCUUCUUCCACCUGGCAGACCUCUUCCUCUCCUCUACCCACCUGCCCGCGUACCUGGUGCUGGCGUUUGUCAAGCGGUUGUCCCGGCUCUCGCUGACGGCUCCGCCGCACGCACUGCUGCUACUGUUGCCGUUCAUCGGCAACCUCGUCCGCCGACACCCGUCGUCGCGCGUGCUCCUGCACCGUGCCGCGGCCGGGCUCGCCGACGUGACGAGCGACCCGUACGCGAUGGAGGAGGAGGACCCGGCGAAAAGUGGCGCGUCCGACAGCUCGCUCUGGGAAAUCCAGAGCCUGCAGCGACACUACCACCCGGACGUGGCCACUGCGGCCACCGCGCUCACACGGCCGCUCUCCGACGUGGAGGAGGACCUCUCUCCACUGCUGGAGCUCUCCUCCACCGAGUUGUUUGAGCGGGAGGUGAAGAAGAAAAUCAAGAACGUCCCCUUGGAGUUUGAGUUGCCCCAGGGGCUUCUGGGAAAGAAAGGCGACACGCUCACUUCUCGCUGGACCCUGUAGCACGACCACUGGCGGUGGCGGCUCACCGCGCCGGCUUACGGCGCUGGUUUGGGGAAGGCACAAACUGCACGUCGGGUGUCGUCUCGGGUCAAGAGCACGGGGACGAUUGAGUGAACCGACGGACGUGACUUCACCUGCUCAGUCUAUGGAUAGUCCCAUCAUUAAUUUCUGCUGUAAAUGUUUUGCUGUCACGCGAAUGAGAUGUCACCGGUUGUACGGCAGACCCGGGAGCUGCCACCCAAAAUUUGCUGUUGCUGUUCAGGGGUCGGCCGCAUAAAACAACUCCCGGGCACCGAUUUGAGUUGGUGCCGGUUAAGGAAGCUUCUCAUAUCGGGGAGGGGCGGGGUUUUAUGCAAGCGGUCGUGGAAGCUGACGGGCGCCGUCUGAACGACUCUGUUGUCAUUCGGCGUUGAUCGUCUGCAGAACGAAAAUUAUGCUUUGUGGUUGUUAUUUUUUAAGACGUUUGUGUUUCAAAGCCUCUUUAGAAAAUAAAUGUGAAAGGACAUUC